AAAAUCUUCGUUUGGGGUAUUGAUGAUUCUUUCCUCUAAACUCUGUUCCAAUGCCCCGUUGUACUCGUAAAGGUUGCGGGAAAGAAUUUCCGGAAGGGAGCACUGAACGUUGCACAUUUCAUCCCGGAGCCCCAGUCUUUCAUGAAGGUUUGAAGUCGUGGUCUUGUUGUUCGGAUAAGAAUAAGCCAGUUUUGGACUUCGAUGAAUUCAUGAAAAUUAUGGGAUGCGUCGAGACUGAUCGUCAUACGAAUGAUGUGCCCGAUCCUGAAUCGAAGGCGCCUGCUGCUUUUACUGCAGAAAAGGAAAUUGCAAAAGCACCCUCGAAAGUGCUUGAAGUCUCCGCCGCAUCGUCGGACCCUGCGCCGCCUCCUGCCACGGCCAAAGUUGUCCCAGCAACCUUGCCAGUAGUCACCGAAGAAGAAGACGAUCUGAGCGUAAGCAUCACCCCGGGAACAUCAUGUCGACGCAAAGGUUGCAAUGUGACAUUUAUCAGCGACGAUGAAAACAGGUUAGGCGAUGGCGAAGGAACUCGUUGUAAAUAUCACCCAGCGCCCCCUAUCUUUCGAGAAGGAAGUAAGGGUUAUAUGUGUUGCAAACGCAGAGUUCUCGAGUUCGAAGAAUUCCUCAAGAUCGAGGGAUGCCAAACCGGACGCCAUCUCUUUUCUCCCAAGGUAAACACCGACAAGAUAGAAGAGUUUACCACCUGCCGGCUAGACCACUAUCAAACCUUGGACCAAGUUCAUGUAUCCGUCUUUGCAAAACAAGUUGACAAAGAUCGGAGCAACGUGAAGAUUGACGAACAGAGUUUGUCCAUCGAUCUCUAUUUACCAGGUUCCAAGAGAUUCUUCAAAACAAUCAAUCUAUUCGGACCUAUAACUCCCGAGCAAUCUACUGUCCAAUACUUCGGCACAAAAGUAGAAGUACACCUCCAGAAGCAGGAUACUAGGAGCUGGACCAUUUUGGAAAAGCCCACUCAUGACCUUGGAAACAUUGCGUUGACUUUCGGUGUGACAGGUCGAACAGGUACCAUUGGAGCGAAGGAGUCUGUUCUGGAUGCCCAAAACAGUGCCAGGGUAUAACCGCCAUGAUGAGAGGAAAAACAACGCUAGAAGCAUUUGCUAGGAUUCCAUAACACUCCGGGCUUCUCUAUCAUCGUGAAC